AUGUCGGCCACCGUCAGCCCAGCGACUUCCUUCCCGACUGUCGGGAACAUCUUGGAAUCUACGCCUACGCCUUCCGAGACUCUGUCAUCUCCCCAAUCGACUUCCCCACCGCCCGCGACACCGGAUGUGACCGAUGAGAUCGAGUCUCUGAGAAUUCUCUUGCGUGCCGACCUCCGCAAACUUUUCGACGACCGGUGGAUGUCAAAGGCCGACGUUAUCUCCGAAGUUUAA